AUGACUUUGGACAUAAUGCAAGUUGGGGAUUUUGUCUUAUUUUAUGGAUGCAUGUUAUACCAUUUUAUUGGUAAAAUAGCUUCAUAUGAUUUUAAAUAUAAUCCUAAUGACAAGAAUCUUGACAUCAUUGCGAAACCUUUUCAAGCGACGAAAAGAACGAUAACCGAACAAAUCAAAACUCAUUUACUUAAACAGAUGAACAAAAGCAAUGCACAACAAACUUUUAAUAGCUUAAAUGAUAAUCGUAAAACGAUACAAAAGCUUUACGAUUGUAGAGAUUUUCACUUUGUCCAAGUGCUUCCAAAUUGGUUGGACAAUGCUCCAAAAACGUACAGUGAAUGGAUGAAGAAUGUAAAAUCUACGCCUCCACCCAAUUGGAAACCACCAGAUGUUAACCCGUAUAGGAAAAGUCUUGAACGAUUUAUACCCAGUACUACAAAGAGUCAAAAUAUCGUCAAUAUCGAUAGUACAUUUUUAUACACUCGAACUACAACCGCCGCCGCCAGACCUACAUUAACAGAAUAUUUAAAUAAUAAUGAUAUCUCUAUGAAUGAUGAAAUUAUGAGUAUCCUUGGCAGUUAUAACUUUCUUAAAGACCCUAACUCAAACACAAUUAAAAAAAAAUAA